UUUCCGCUGCAGCAGCGACAUCGGUCACGUCAAAAAAAAAAGAGAAAAUGUUGAGAGUCCAGACAAACUGAGGCCGGAGCUUCUCCGACGAACCUACGAACAUCUCCCCCGAGCCGCUCGGUGUCUGGACGGGUCUUUAUCCCCCACGGUUCGCGCCCGAGCACCGGGAAGUUUCGGGGACGUUUGGAGGUGAACUCGCCCGCCUGGUUCCGCGGUGGUUUGAGGAAGCAGCCGCUCGGCUAACGGCUGAACUAGCUCCCCGCUAGAGAUGGGCACCAGAGCCAGUCGCCUCCAGGAGGACCCGGCGCCGUCCGCCUUCGGGAAAGAUGGCACCAAGCGGGACUCCUACCGGCGACCCCGCCUCGCCAGACCCACCAGCCUCAUGGUGGACUUCUCCGGAAGCUUCGAGGACACGGAGGCCAACCGGAGCCGAUCGGAGGAGGGCAGCGACUCGGACCUGGGGCAGCACGGGGCGAGCGCCGACGGAAGCCCCGCCGACCACCACAGCAUCCCGUCCUCCGGCAUCAGCCAGGCGUCCCCCGCGGACGACCACCACGGCGAGGGGAAACCCGGGGAAGACGGCAACACGAGCCCGGAGGCUCCCGUCGACGCGGAGCAUCAGCCCGGGGAGGAGACAGGCCGCACGCCCCACCGCACUUUUUCCGAGCGGCUGCCCGGGAAUCGGCACUCUUCGGGCCGCAGCGUUGGCGCAAGAUCCGCCCGGGUCCGGGGCACGCACCAGCGGCCGGUGUCCGAGGCAUGGAUCGGCCUGUACCGUGUGAACAACCGCCAUGGCAAUAUCCGUUGUCCUUUCUGCUCGAAGCCUUUCCCCGGGGGUCGGAUCGAGGAUCACCUGUUGAGCUGCCUCACGUCUCCCCCCCUACCUUACAAUACGGAUGUGCUAAGUAAAGACAGUGGAGAGUGCUCCAUCUGUUUGGAGGAUCUGGUCCAGGGAGAGACCAUCGCCAGGCUGGCUUGCCUCUGCGUCUACCAUAAGAGCUGCAUUGAUUCCUGGUCCAAAGUGAAGCCGUGCUGCCCCGAGCAUCCCUUCGAUUGACUCCCCGGUCACAUGUCCCCCUGCACAGUGACCAACCCGACUCAGGAGACUACACUGAAUCCUAAUAGAAUCCCAUUAAAGAUGUGUUAUUGAAUAAUCAAAAGCCACCAGUCCCUCUCAGACGCAAACCCAUAUUUGAGUGGAAAACAGAAGAUCCCAGCAGCGGUGGGGGGGGGGGGCUACAGUGCGUGACAGCCGAUGCUCUCCAUUCGGAUCAGUCCAUUUGAACCUGGUCGAGACCAUUUCAAGCCAAACUCCAACGACAAAAAAAGAAAACAGCUGCUCGGUGUAAUCUGUGGACGCUUGUGGAAACAGAAGUGGAGGGGUUCCUUUUCUAUUUCACGGAUUUAAAAAAAAAAAAGCAUCAACUCUGUAAUCUCCCACCAGAAAGAUGGAGCGUGCCCCAGGAAGAUGUUGAGCUUGGGGCAGGAACAUGGAGAAUGAGACUCUGGAUGCUCCGGUGUUAUUCUUCUCCCUUCCGAAUGGGAUCAGUCAUUUUAUCAAAAAGUAUUUUGCAAAAAAAAACGAGUAUUGUUCCACGUCGUGCAUCCGA